AUAUAUUGUACGGUUAAAUAGCGACCAUUGAUUUAAUUGUAUUGAAAUAAUGAUAAUUACCGGCAAUUUCGAAUAAUACAAAAGCAAAGAAAAUAAAAAUGAAACCGAGAGUAGUGAAGUACAACAAAAUGUUAAACCGAUGACGUCAUUCUAUAGACAGGAACUUAUCAAGGUAGGAAACACAUCAAAAGAUAAUAUGUGUUCUCUACGAUAACUGUGUUCGCGUAAUUUUAUAAAGUUUGAAGUGUGAACGAUAAAAUAGUCAGUUAUUAAAUGCGGAUGCUCUAAGCGUACAUUGCUCAUUACUCGUACGCUCAUCCGUCUUAUUCGACGAUAUCUUCUAAAUCGUAUCGCAAUCUUUUUUCCUUAACGAACGAAACGAACAAAUUAAACUGUGCGAAUAAUACAAAUAACCGGCUCGAUCAGCUCAAUGGCGAAGGUCGCGAAUUCUGGUUACGACUUAUGCGAACGUACCGUACAACCGAUCGACAACAAACAUGACAAUAAUUUUAUAGUCACCUAUCAAAAUCAUUCUUACGAUAUACAGGAUUUCCUUCGCUAUCAUCCUGGGGGGAAAAAAAUAUUAAGUUAUUACAAAAAUCAAAGCUUGGAUAAAGCGUUCAAAGAAAAUCCUCAUUCGAAAGCAGCGUUUCACCUGUUGGAAGAUUUUACGUUGAAAAAUGAAGAAAAAUAUCAGAAAUACGAAAAUCUGAUCGAUUGGAAUGUAUCUAUACUUGGACAAGUAAGUUCGUUAGGUGAAAAUUAUUGGGAAUGGGUUAAUUUACCGGUGAAUCGAAAAAUUAGACUUUUCGAUUCAAAUUUGUUAGAGAUUUUAACGAUUACUCCUUGGUACGUAAUUCCGCUUGUAUGGAUACCGAUAAGCAUCUAUUUCUUUUAUUUAGGAUGGAUGCAAAUCAACGAUAAUCGUUUCAUUGAAAGUACCUCAAUUGAAAUUUUAACUUCUUAUAUAUUUGGUAUAUUGAUAUGGACUCUAUUAGAAUACGUGGUCCAUCGUAAAAUUUUUCACUUUAAACCGCCUACUUCUUCAAAAUUACUUAUUACUUUGCAUUUUUUACUCCAUGGAAUUCAUCAUAAGACACCUCUUGAUAAUAGAAGAUUAGUAUUUCCACCUGUGCCAUCUUUGUUAAUAGCAUUGUUGUUAUUUCAUAUUUAUAAAAUAUUAUUUCCUCAAACAACUUUUUAUUUUAUUAUCGCCGGUACAGCAACAGGCUAUAUGAGCUAUGAUUUAAUACAUUAUUAUCUACAUCACGGUGCGCCGAAAGCUGGAACAUAUUUAUAUUUAUUGAAAAGGAUUCAUAAUUAUCAUCAUUUCUCGCAUCAUGAAUUAGGUUUUGGUAUCAGCAGUAAACUAUGGGAUUGUGUAUUUGGAACGACUAUUUGUUUGCGAAAAUUGACAAAGCCGAUCGAAUGGUAAAUCGAUCAAAAUAAUUUUAUACAAAAUAAUUUAUAUGCGUAUUAAAAAUAAGAAACUUUUUAUAACAAAUAAGUACAAAACAAAAAAUAAAUAAUUGAAGUCAAUCUACGAUCGAUCAUUCGAUCAUAAUAAGAUCGUUCGAUAUACAUUUUAAGUACAAACAAAAGAUAAAAUGUAGAAUAUAUUGUACAUAAGAUCAAACAAUGAUUAAAAAAACUUUUUAUAAACGUUUUUAUAUGCUACAAACCUGAACAAAUUAAUGCUUUAAGUACAUGAACGUAUAUUACUUAUUUUAUAUAAAAGUAAUUUGAGUAUAUAUCAAAUCAAUUAAUAUCAAUGAUUAAAAAUAUAACAUUGAUAUAGAUAAUUAAAUAUGAUUAAUUAAGAUUAAUA